AUAGACCAACUCAUAUGUGGAUAGAUCAAGAUUGCAUCAAUUUUUGGCCAUAAGUGAUAUAUUACAAUAUUCAUAUCAAAUUUCAAAUAAUGUUUACUCCAAGAUUCAAGAAUAUUGCAGUGAGAGUCCACUACUGAGCAGCACCUUUUCAUGGUAGAAAUGAUUAUAAAGGGAAUGCUCAGGAGAUAUGAAAGAUGGAAUCCGGUGCAUCCUACAUAUGGAGCCUUCUGGGGCAUGGGAAUAGGCAUUGGCUGUGGGGUGGGGUGGGGGCCUGGAUUUGGUCCUGAGGCUAUUGGUUAUGUUGGAGCUGGCUGUGGGGUUGGAUUCAGCGUUGGCUUCUCUCUUCUCGGCAUUGGCAUUGGCCUUCCUACCAAUUACAUCUUCACAGUCCCUUACAAUGCCUUCACAGCUGCUAGAAGUGGUGCUAUAGAGAUGGCUCGGUCCACUGAUAAGCAAAGCAUGAGAAACAUUGUGGAAGACAGUCGGUGUAACCUCGAUUUAAAUAUUUCUGGUUUGCAAGAAAGGGUGUUUCGUACAUUUUCAAGCUUAAGUGCCAAAGAAUCAUUAGGGGAGGUGGUAGAUUCAUCUGAAAUGCCGACCAAAAUUUCCUUUCCCAAUCAAUGCAUGGAUCGUCUAAAACAAGGCAUCAAUGGCUUACUUCAUCCUCGCAAAGGUUCAAAGGAUUAAGCAGCAUGGAUGGGAGCACAGUACUGUUUUUCUAGCCCAGAAGGGUCAGUGUACAUUGUACACUUUAUAGCAUUGGCCUUUGUUUUUGCCUUCCCACAACAUUCUGUUUCCUUACACGUUAAACUACAAGGGAAUCCCCCUCAUUCCCCACCCCCCACCCCCCAUCCCCACCCCCACCCACCCACCUUUUUAUUUUUUAUUUUUUGCAAAUUUUCUGCUAAUUAUUCUAAUUCUUUUUAUGGGGGUGAUUGGGAGUGUAGGUAGAGAGAAAAGAGCAUUUACAGUUGUAAGUAUUAGGCUGCUACUAUAUUCCAAUGUUAGAAAGCAUAUCAUGUCUCAUAUCUGCUGACCAGCACAGAUGUAAUGUUACUACUUACUAGUAUAUGUAUGCGUGCGAUGUACGAAUAAUAUUAAAAAAUUAAUUUUAAUUAUUUUAUAUUAAAA